GGGGGUGUCCGGGCGGCGGCGGCGGCCGGGGGUGGGCCGAGGGCGCGGGUGGCGGCGGGGUUGCGCCGCGCCAUGUUGCGGUGGCUGGUGACGGUGCUCAGUCACUCCUGUUUUGUCCCUAAGGGCGACAGCAUGUUCUACGCGGUGCGCAAGGGGCGGCAGACGGGCGUGUACCGCACUUGGGCGGAGUGCCAGGAGCAGGUGAACAAGUUCCCCUCCGCCAGCUUCAAGAAGUUCGCCACCGAGAAGGACGCCUGGGCCUUCGUACGCGCCGGCCUCCCGGGGCAGCAGCAGCCUGAGCCGGCAGGGGCACACGGUUCUCCAGCUGUAGGGCAGGAAAGUGGUAGCCAAAGAGAGGAACCAGAAAUAAAUACCUUGUGCUGCAAUACAUGCAAAAGGCCGUAUGAACAGUCUACAAACGAAGAACACGCUGCAAAGCGUGUAAAACAUGAGGAAAUAUGCCCAGCACCAACAGUCAGUGAAGAUAAAUUUUCAUAUAUGGGUGACUUUGCAGUUGUUUAUACAGAUGGUUGUUGCUCGGGUAAUGGACGUAAUAGGGCACGUGCUGGAAUAGGUGUCUACUGGGGACCAGGACACCCUUUAAAUACCAGUGAAAGACUUCCUGGACGGCAGACUAAUCAAAGAGCAGAAAUACAUGCAGCCUGCAAAGCGAUAGAGCAAGCUAAGAGUCAAAACAUCAGGAAACUAAUUAUCUACACUGAUAGCAAGUUCACUAUUAAUGGUAUUACGAGCUGGGUUGACAACUGGAAAACAAAUGGCUGGAGAACAAGUUCAGGUGGAAGUGUAAUAAAUAAAGAAGACUUUGAAAGACUUGAUAAUCUAUCAAAAGACAUAGAAAUUCAGUGGAUGCAUGUUCCUGGUCAUGCUGGCUUCCACGGAAAUGAAGAAGCUGAUAGACUAGCAAGAGAAGGAGCUAGUAAAUAAAGUCCUGACAUACUGGGACUAGAGAUUGUUGCAGCAGGAGGAAAAGAACUAAUAUCACAAAGUUGGACUUUGAACUAUACUUCUUUCUGGCCUGAAGUGUUAAAUAUACCAAAUUCUGGGAGAAAAAAACCCCACAUUUUUUUCUAUAGUUUUACAGUCGAGUCAAUAUUUAGUUGAUGGUAUCAAGUGUUUGGUUUUUCUCAUCUUGCUGAAGGGCUGCAGUCAGUGUUUUUAGCUGUCUUCUAGAUUCAGCAUAAAGACAGACAUCUGAAGAAGUAAUAUUAAAUCUUUAUCCUGAGUGUUCUGUAUCUUACUUUUAGUGAAAUAAAUUAUAUAUAUUUUUUUUUUUGUACAGAGGUAUAUAUUAGCAGCCCAGAGUGGGUGGAGGCAGGGGGACUUUGGGGUGGUUGGUUUGGCAAGAGGUCGGUGACCUGACACGGAGGUGUUCAUUAAUAUGCUUUGUGUUCUGGUACUAGCAAUAACUGCUGUACAGAUGGGCUUGUGACACUCACCUGUGCCUCACAGUAUCAUCGGUUACAACAUCCAGAGAUUUCUUUGUAAUGUUGCUUACUUUAUAAGGUAGCAUAAACAAACUAAAAAUCCAGAUCACAAGAAAUCUUGAACAAUUAAUUUUUACUGAUCUCCUCUCUAUCUGCUUAAUGUCCAAGCUUUUUGUUUGUGGCUUCCUGUUUCCAUUAAGUAACAUGUUUUUAUGCAUACUGGUUCUCAUUAGCAUUGUUAGUUCCUCUUCAGUGUUGUCCCAAAGGUAGUUUUAUCUGAAAUGGAACAAGAUCUCCAGAUCUUCUGGAUGUCAAGUGUAUGACUUCAUUUUUUCCAGUCAAUGAUGAGAUUAACAGAAUGACUAAUGUGCACUUGAGUUAGAGAGCAAUUACCAGUAAUCAACAUAGUUUUAUUUUCUAUGUAUGUAUACGGGAGGAGCAAACGGGUUUGGUACAUUGUCAACUUUUGUAAGGUACCCUCACCACUGGAUAGUAGAACUUAAGCUAGAAGGCACUGAUUUUUUUUUUUUUUUUUUAAAAUUUGUGCAAAGGAGUAUGCAGCAUGAUAGAGCGGCUGAAGCUUGAGUCCUUAACAGUUCUCAUGCGUUAUAACCUCUUUACUGUGGCGAAGUAAGAGGUUUUUAAUGUAUUUAGAGUCACGUGAAUAGCGAUGGAAUGAGGAAACUAGCGAGCUAUUGGUUAAUAGACAAGUGAGGUUUUUUUAUUUUCAGUCAUCCAAAACUGCACAGUGAAGCUUGUCUGGGGUGAGGUAGUGCACUGAUCAGUUUCCCUUCUGCUUCGUUUGUAUAUGUGCACAGUGUCACCCAUUUUGUUUAUUUUAGAAGUUUACCUUGAAGGAAAACAUCCCAUCCCUGAUCAGAUCUCUAGUUGAGGCAGAACAGUGUGGCAAAUAAUGUACUGAAGAGGUGACAUCUAAUAAUGUUACCUAUUGUAUGUGUCCAGUUAAACAUGUAGAUCCUACUAAUUGUAUGGAAAUCUGUAUUUUUUUGAAGCAGCAGCUUUGGAAAAAGGCGUGGAUAAUGGUGAGUAAAUCAUAACAUCAGUGAAUUUAAGUAGAUUUACUACCUGAAACUACUAGGUAGAUUGUAAUAGGGAGUCUUAAUAGGGAAGAGUUUUAUUUUCAUUUGAUACCAAUGUUUAACAUUCUUACUCUGGAAAUUCAGGAUAAAAGAGGAAAGUUGUGAGGUUAAGGCUGAUUAAAGGGUGGAAAGCAAGUACUGUUUCUCAAUGGGACUUAGCAGGGGCUUGAGGACCCACAGAGGGUGUUGGCGGUUCAAGUCAUUCUUUUCAGGGAACUGAAACUUCAGGAGGCUAUUGGCGUUCAGCAGCCGUGACACUCACUGGGUAGGCAUUGAACUUCUGGCUGGAUUUGGAUGUGCUUCUAAAAAUGUGGACAAAUACCAGCAUUAGACCAGCUUACCUGUAAUGUUACAGGACUUGCAAUUACAUGCUGCCCGGAAUUGUAACCAGUAGUGCUUAUACAUGAGUACUGUGCAUUAAAGGGAUCUGGUACCAUUUCUGAGAAUCUGGGAUAGAGUGGUUAAGGAUUUUGGUACGUGUAAAACUGUUCAGGAAGAAAAAUAUUGAAAGAGAGGUUGUUGGGUUUUUUCUUGGUUGUUUCUCAGUCAUUACAUCACGUUUAGCUGAUAAGCCAAUGGUUUAUUUACCAUAUAGAACAGUAAAACUGUAGAAUCUCAGAACUGCGGAGGCUGGAGGGAAUGCUGGAGUGCAUCUUCUCCACCCCAGCUCGGGAUGCGAGGAUCUCUGUAUGGAGACAACACGCGCGCUCAGGACAGGGUGCCUUACUGCUUUCGUGUCCCCCCCGGCCCAGUUCCUCUUUGUUUGUACGGGCGCUGGGGUGGCGGUGCGGCGCUGGGGCUCGGACAAGCUGAAGCAGCCCGGGCGGGGCGCGCGGGGCGGGCAGGCGGCUGCCCCUGGCCUGCGGUAACCGGGCUGGGGGGGCGGGGAGCCGCGGGGCCCCGAGCGCGAGCGGGGCCCGCUGCCGGUUGCCGGUCGCGCCCCUUCAAGGCUCGCCGUGGGGUGGCGGUGCGGGGCCGCCUCGCUCCCUGCCCCGGCCCCUCCGCCCGCCGGGGCGGGCCGCUCCCUCCCGCCCGGCCCGCCAUGGUGCAGGCCUGGUACAUGGACGAGUCCCCGGAGGACCAGCGGGCGCCUCACCGGCUGCGGCCCAACCGCGCCGUCAGCCUGGAGCAGCUGCGCCGCCUCGGCGUCGUCUACCGCAAAUUGGACGCUGAUAACUAUGAGAGUGAUCCCUGUCUGAAAGAGAUUCGGAGAGCAGAAAAUUACUCUUGGAUGGAUAUAAUAACCAUACAUAAAGACAGGCUUCCCAAUUAUGAGGAAAAGAAUUACGUGAAGGCAAUGAGACUAUUCGUUGGAGAACCCGUCUGGACAGCAUACAACAGGCCAGCUGAUGACUUUCCUGCUCGGAAACAGUAUAUGAAGUUUUUAGCUGAAGAAGCACAGUAAUGGUGUCCUAAGACCUGACAAGUGGAACACCCUGAAGGCCUGUCAAAAUAAAUGUGAUGGGUGGCUUUUCA